AUGGGACGAAAAACUGCCAGUGCAGCAGAGAACAUUAAAGUUCUCGUUCGUUGUCGCCCAUUAAAUGAAAAAGAACGUAUGCAGGGAUAUAAGUCAUGUGUAGAUGUAGAUCUCACUGAACAUACAGUAGCCGUACACAGUCUUGUUGGAGAACCCGAUCGCUGGACCUUUGAUGCUGUUAUCAAUAAUACAUUCAGUCAAAAGGAUAUCUUUACACAGUUUAUUAUGCCACUUGUGGAUUCCGUGUUAGAGGGGUUUAACGCCACUGUCUUUGCCUACGGUCAAUCCGGCUCCGGUAAAACCCACACAAUGACUGGUAAAAUGGAUGAUGAGGAAUUGCAAGGGAUCAUACCAAGAUGCUUUACACAUGUCUUUAACCACAUCGCCACUAUAAGAGAAGCCUCACCAAACAAGCAAUUCUCCAUGUAUGUUUCCUUUAUUGAGUUGUAUAAUGGUAAAGUGCAGGAUCUCUUAGCACGACAACAGGUACCACUCGCAUUAAAGGAAAAUAAAGAUAAGACAUUUUAUGUUCAAGGUGCACAUAUUCCACAAGUGAAGUGUCCGGAAGAUAUUUACAAACAUAUGGAAGAAGGCACAGAGCGACGACGUGUGGCCUCAACAGAUCUUAACGCUGACAGUUCACGUUCUCAUUCUAUCUUUACACUUGUGAUUGAAUGUACAGAGAUUGGUGAGGAUGGGGAUUCACGCUCAGUUACAAGCAAGUUAAAUCUUGUAGAUCUUGCUGGAUCUGAACGGCAAGGUAAAACCGGUGCUAGUGGAGAAACCUUAAAAGAGGGAUGUAACAUCAAUCUCUCACUCAGUGCCCUCGGAACCGUAAUUGAUACCAUUGUAAAAGGGAAAGGACAUGUUCCAUUCCGUAGUAGCCCAUUAACAAUGCUUCUUAAAGACUCACUUGGUGGAUCUAGUAAGACUGUUAUGUUUGCAAACAUUGGACCUAGUGAACAUAAUUUUUCAGAAACGGUUAGCACGUUAAGGUUUGCCGAUCGUGCAAAGCAAAUCAAGAACAAACCUGUUGUGAAUAUGGAUACAAAGGAUCAGAAGAUUGUUGAACUCACAGAACUCGUUCAUGAACUUCGGGAGAAAUUGAAAAGAUAUGAAACUGAAGGUACAGAUUCAUUAGAAAAAGAGGUGGAACAAUUACGUGAGAGAGUUGGGGAAAUGGAAGUAAGUCUUGAUAAUGCCGUUAGAGGACGGGAAGCGGAUGCUGUGGAUUUUGAAAAUGUAAAGGCUAAAAUGCUCCUGGAACGACAGAAUACAACAUCUAGAGUAGUUGAACUGGAAGAUCAAAUUGCACAGUUGCAAAAUGAUUUACAAAUUGCAGAGUCUAGUGUUACGGAUGAACGAUCCCAGCGGGAAGAGGUAUUCCAGGUAUGUUCUCGGUAUUUACAUAGUGAAGAGGAUGGAAACAAACAAAUUACAAAUAUAAGUGAAUUGGAGGCCUUAUUGCGGGAUCGUGCUCAUGGUAAACAUAGUGCGGAAUUGGCUCAACUCUACACAACCGUACAAACACUUACAGUGGAGGCAAAACAAAUGCGGAAAGAACAUAAAGCCGUUAUGAAGGAAUUGGAGGAAAAACUACAGGAGACGCAAGGAUCACUCAAAUCAACAGAGUCAAAACUUCGGAAAACAAAGAAGGAGUUAAAUGAGGCACGUGAACAACAUAAGGUUCUGCAACAACAACAACAAUAUCAGCAAAUUGAUGGGGAAGUUGUCGGUACUAAUGGUAAAGAGGUGGCAGAGUUACGUAUGGCCUUGGAAAAUGCACAGAAACAACUUCAAAAAGAAGGUGUAAUAUCAGAAGUGGAUAUUAAAUUACAAAAUAUGCAGCAGAGUCAUGAAAAGUUAACACAGAUGUACAUGACACAGUUAGAACGUACAAGAGAAAUACUUGGUCAUAGCGAAAAUGAUGACUCUCUCGUUGUCCAGCAACUCCGUGCUAUUCUCAUGGAAGAUGAUGGAACUCGCAAUGCCACAUUGCAACACAUAACCGUUAUGCAUGAUAUGAUGCAGAAUUUAAAAUCCGCCAUGCGAGAGGCACAGGCUGUACCGUUUACUUCCAUUACAGGUGAUCCCUCGGUUUCUCAGGAAUUAAUACGGAAAAUAGAGGAAGUGGAUACUCAAGAGGCUGGUCUGUAUGCAGAUAUCUUUGCAAAGCUUCACGCGGCUGUAGAGACGGCGCAAUCUCAACGCAAUCAUCUCUUAAAUACAAUUGCGGAGAUGCCGGAUACCCCGGUGGAUCUUAAAGAGGAGGUACGUAAGAUAUUGAGUGAAAAUGAUGAACUUCGUGGUCGCUACGCAGAGGCUAUGAAAAAGGAAGAAAUGAUGCAACUACAUCAGACGGAAGAGGGACGCCGCGGUGUCGCAGAAACAACCACGCAAGUACAAUUGGAUGCCAUUCGCAAUGAAUAUGAACGGCGAGAACAGGAAAUAUUGGCUGCCAUCAAGUCGGAUGAAACGAGUAGUAAUCAUGAGGCUUUAUUAACUGUACUGCGCAAUAAUCGAAAAACUUCUCUUGUGGAGGAACGGAAUGCGACGGAGGCAAUUCAAAAAGAGAUGGAUGCACUUCGUGGUGAAUUGGAGGAAGAGCGGGUGAAGAGUGUGGCCCUGGCACAAUCGAAAGAAGCACAACAAGAAGAAAUGAAGUCUUUACGUAAAGAAGUGGCAACAAGUGAAAGACGGUAUGUGGAGUUAGAAGGAAAAAUGAAUGAAAUGGUAAGUGACUAUGAACGACAGUUGGAGGAUGCCCGUGGUAGUGUAGAGAAGGUGGCAGAUCUAAAUGCACGAUUAAAGGAACGUGCGGAACAGUUAGAUCAAAUGCGUGGUCUCCUGGAAAAACAAAAGGCCCUUAUUGUGAAGAGUAAUGAGAAAUCUGAAUACUUCCAACAAAAAUUACGUGAGGUCCAUGCAGAGUCCGAACAGCGGGAAAAGGCAUAUCGCACGAAACUGCAAGAACGUGAUGAGAACUUCCAACGUGCACUCAAUCAACGAUUAGAAGAAUAUGCACAAGACCACAGCAGUGAUGUUGCCCAGCGUGAAGAGAAGUCGAAAAAACUCAAAAAGAAGAUUAAGAAGUUAGAAGGUGAGGUGGAUCACUUGAAAGAAGAGUAUGAUCGCAAGGUAUGUGAGUGUGAGGAUCUUCGCAAUACCAUUGAGGAACAGAAAGUGGAACAAAUGCGGUUAUUGCGCCGAAUGGGCCAAACACAAGAAGAGGCAGAAGUGUAUGAGAAGAAGGAACAAAUACAAAACGCAUUAGAGCGGGCUAAAGAGGAGCAGCGUCGUAAGAAAGAUCGAUUUGCAUUGGGAGAAGUAGCAAACGUGCGGCGAGGAGACUAUUAG